AUUUAGAGCAUCAUGAGCUAUGCAACUGACCACCAAGCCUGGAAACAGAGAGUUCUGAUGGAAGACAGAGCCAAUAAGAGCCUGAAGAAGAUCAGGAUAUAAACCCAACCAAUAGCUUUUAUAAAGAAUCCAUCAAGAAGUAUUACGUUACUACAAACGAGAGGCUCCAUGAGUCUCUACAGAGGGUUUUUGGUGAGAAGUUCUUUAAGAAUCGGCACCGGAUUCCAAAUACUAACAUGCCUGGUAAUAGAAGCAGUAGCUUUAAGCUGAUGCCUCCUUCUAAUCCAAAACCACCAACCUUCUUUGAACAGGCUUACUUGGGGAAAACAAGGCUAAAGAAGCUGAUAUCGGAGAGGUCAGCUUCGGUUGCCCGUGUUAAUCCCUAUUCUUACCAAAUUCAAGAAGACGCGAUUAGUCGGCAUUCCAAUGAAGGAAAAAUUAGAUCAGUUAGUAGAAGAAGUUCUAGAUUAGAUCCAAAUAAAGAUCUUGACCAACAGAGCGAUACUCAGAAAAGUGUGUAUGAGGAGCCACCUGAUCAGCUAAUCAGAGGCCAGAAGAGUUAUCUUAACAAGAGGGCUAUUGGAAAAGUCUUUAGGGGGCGUAGCCAAGCGAAGAUUUCAAGCCUUCGUAGUCAAACCAGCACGAAGCAGAAAAGACUUGCAAGAUUAAGACAGAAGUAUGCACAUAUGCUCAAGCUUGAUCGUGACUUUGUCAAGAAUACUCUUGAUUUAGAUGAUGAUGACCGUGUUAGUGUCAAGAAGGAAGACCAAGAGACUGAAGUUAAAUCUGAGCCUGAUGUCUCCCCUAACAAGGAGCUUGCAGAAAAGAAGGAAGAGGAAGACGAGCAAGAAGAAGAUGGUCAAGAGGAUAAUCCUUAUGAGGACCAGAACUAUAAGACUUUUAUCGCAGAGGAACCAGUUGAUGAACAGAAGCCAGAUAAUGUCUCUGAGGUCUCAAAGCGGAAUAAGCUUGACAAGAUCCUAUCUGAGCUACAUGAGGAGAGAAAGAAGCGUAAAGAGCUAGAAUCUGUCGUCCAGGAGCUUCUAUCUCGUAGCGGUAUUAGCAAAGAUCAACUAAGGCUUGACUCUUAA